AUGCCUGGCAUCGAUCCCCAGAUCAUCUGCCAUCGCUUACACGUCAACCCAGCCAUCAAACCUGUAGCGCAGAAGAGACGUAACUUCGCCCCCGAGCGGGUUGCCAUCAUUGAAACUGAGAUCGAUAAGCUUCUAGCUGCUGGUUUCAUCGAAGAAGUCUCCUACGCAGAAUGGCUGGCGAACAUUGUUCUAGUGGCAAAAAAAGAUAAAGGUCUGUGGAGAGUGUGCGUCGACUACACCGACCUCAACAAGGCAUGCCCUAAAGACAACUUUCCACUGCCUAGAAUUGAUCAGCUCGUCGAUUCAACUUCCGGCAACCAACUGCUAAGCUUCAUGUACGCCUACUCCGGCUACAACCAAAUCAUGAUGCAUGAAGAUGACAAGGCUAAAACCUCUUUCAUCAUCGAAAGAGACGGAGCAUCAAAUCAUAAAGGAUCAGGGGCAGGCGUCGUCAUAAUCACCCCAGACGGAACCUUGUUGGAACAAGCCAUCACACUAGGCUUUUCUGCGUCAAACAACAAGGCAGAAUAUGAGGCAUUGCUCGCAGGACUGCGCCUAGCAAAAGAACUGACGAUCAAGAGAUUAGCCAUCUACUCAGACUCCCAGCUGAUCACGAAUCAAGCCUCAGGCGAGUACAUGGCAAAACAUCCAAGAAUGAUUCAGUACCUCGACAAAGUCCAAGGACUUUUGAAAGAAUUUCCUACUUUCACCAUCCAACAAAUUCCACGGGCAGAGAACACUCAUGCAGAUGCGUUGGCAAGCCUAGGAUCAGCGCUGGACAGCCAGUUCAGACGCUCCAUCCCAGUCGAACACCUUGACCGACCAAGCAUCGAUGAAAUAAAGCCAAUCGACUCAAUGCAGAUCGAUGAAGACCCCAGCUGGCAAGACACCAUCAUCGACUACUUGGUGAAUGGAAAUCUGCCAAUGGAUAAGUCCGAAGCUAGGAAGGUCCAACAGAAAGCCGCGAGAUAUUACAUGCAGGGCGACAAGCUCAUUCGCAGAUCAUACUCCGGCCCUCAUCUCACUUGCAUAAAGUACCCUCAAACACUUGAGGUCCUUUGCAAAAUUCAUGACGGCGAGUGUGGCAACCACUCUGGGGGCAGGUCACUCGCCCAGAAGGCCCUAAACGUAGGCUAUUUCUGGCCUACUAUGCGCCAUGACUCUACUGAAUAUGUCAAAAGAUGUGAUCGCUGCCAACGGUACAAACCAGUUCCUAAUCUGCCUGCCGAAGUCUACCAUCCGCAGAACAUCACCGACAAUGGCUCGCAAUUCAUCGGCAAGCAGAUCACUGCCUUCUACAAAAAGUACGGCAUCAAGCAGCAUUUAUCUACUCCAAGAUAUCCUCAAGGCAACGGCCAGGCCGAGGCAUCCAAUAAAAUAAUAUUGGACCGUCUAAAGAAGAGAUUAGAAGGCGCCGAAGGAAAAUGGGUAGAUGAGCUCCCUGGCGUACUAUGGGCUUAUCGCACCACCAAGCGAAGAUCAACUGGCGAAACCCCGUUUUCCCUCGCCUAUGGAACUGAAGCGAUCAUUCCUCCUCACAUCACUGUCCCCUCAAUAGGCAUCGAAGUGGGCAGUAUUGAGCAGAACUCCGAGCAGAUGAGACUCAACCUUGACUUACUUGAAGGCGAGCGCGAGAAGGCCAUUGUCCGGGUCGCCUCCUAUCAACAGCGGUUGAAGUCUUACUACGAUAAAAGAGCCAAGAUCAGACAGUUUCAACCAGGCGACCUUGUGCUAAGAAAGGCCUUCAUCACUGCACAAAGACAAGGGUCCAAUAAGAUGAAACCCAAUUGGGAAGGCCCUUACAUAAUUAGCCGGUCCGGGGGCAGAGGAAGCUAUACGCUUGACACCAUGGAAGGGAAGGAGAUUCCGCGACAAUGGAACGCCUAUCAUCUCCAAAGAUACUAUCCAUGA